UGAGAGAUGACGGGAGGAUGAUCAAAUGGGCCCGCUUUGACAUGCAACAUGAGGCAGCAACUGAUGUCAUGGUGUGAAUCCAUCAUACCAAAUAAGACAUGUCAGGGCCCCCUCUAGUUCAGACCAAAAGCCGUGGUUUUGCCACCUUUGACCUCGCUCCGCGGCUCCGCUUGGGCACCCAAAACUGCACCGGAGCACCGCGCCCGUGGUCGUCUCCGCCAUGAAGCGCCAGCGGAGUGCCGACUCCGAUGGGGAGCCCAGCGCGGGCCGUUCGGAUCUCGUGACCUUCAACGUCGGUGGCAAGAUCUACCAGGUGCUGAGGGAGCCAACGCUGAGCUUGCAUCCCAACUCGCUCCUCACGCAGUUGGCGGAAGACAAGCAGGAUGACAAGGAGAUCUUUGUGGAAGGUGAUCAAGACCUGUUUAAGUACGUGCUCGCGUAUCACAGAGAUCGAAAGAUCAUUUUGCCCCCGGCCGUCUCGAUGGCAGCAGUGCAACAAGAGUUGAAGCGCUUUGGGUUGGAUGUGAAAGCUGAAGAGAUAGUGCCGGAUGAGGCCUAUUUUCCAAGCAUGCUGAAGCAGAUUGACAAAGUGGUUGCAAAUCAAAAGAAGUUGCUUCAGGAUCAACAGAAGCAAGUGGCAGCUGCACAUUUUUGAUGAACAUCACCGCACAGGCUUUGAUGGAGAAGAUAGUACAGGGGAAUGGCGGACCAAUCAGUAUUUCAUUCGAUGAGCUCCUCCGAAACGGAUACAACGCCAAGAAUCUAGAUCAACUCUCCACUGCGCAACGUCUUUUCCGAUCCUUCGACCAGAUGCAUUUCCAAGAGUUGAUGACAGCUUGGGCGACAUCCAUUGGAUAUCAGGUGACGUUUUGGCAACAUGGCAAGAACCUGCUGGGCGAUGCCGGUGCUCGGUUGGCUACCCUGACACCGGUGGCCUAGGUCAUCGUGCAGUUCAUCACUCUGGCCACUUCACCGCCUGUCACAGAGCAAAAGGGUGCCUGGUCGGCUGGUAGCCGGUGACGGUGAUGGAUCUUCCUUAGGCGAUUGGACGCUACCAGGGCUGACGAGCCAGUCGAAACUGGACAGAUGGAACACGGUUUCAUUGGCAAUUAUUUUCCCACAAACUGUUUGAAGAUACACAUCCAUAAAGAGGUUACUUGGAUAUGAACUCGUCAUUCACUUUUUGGGUGAGGAAUUCAUGCUUCUUGACACGCGUCCAGUAGGUUUCUGUACCAUCCUAAAUCCGCAACCUCCCAUAUUUUGUCAAUAGCUUGCGCCCCCCAAAUCUGGAAACAUCCUGAAGACCAGCCAACCGGCAGCUAUAUACAGUCUCAAUUGAGAUUUGAUCAAUCUCCGCGGCUAGUGUGGCUAGAGUGGCAACCUGAGCAGAAGUUUCUGAUUGCCAACUUAUAAACCACAAGUUGUGGGGCCCAUGGCGAGUGGAUCGGAUCUCGUGACCUUCAACGUCGGCGGCAAGAUCUACCAGGUGCUGCGGGAGCCUACCCUGAGCUUGCAUCCCAACUCGCUCCUCACGCAGUUGGCGGAAGACAAGCAGGAUGACAAGGAGAUCUUUGUGGAAGGUGAUCAAGACCUUUUCAAUUACGUGCUCGCAUAUCACAGAGAUCGGAAGAUCAUUCUGCCUCCAAAUAUCUCGGCGGCAGCAGUGCAGCAAGAGCUGAAGCGCUUUGGGUUGGAUGCAAAGACCGAAGAGAUGGUGCGUGAUGGGGCCUACUAUCCAAGCAUGCUGAAGCAGAUUGAUCAACUGGUCGCGAAUCAAAAGAACUUACUGCAGAAGCAACAGAACCAAAAUGCAGCUGCACAUUUGAUGAGCAUAACAGCACAGGCUUUGAUGGAGAAAUCAGCAAAGGGAAAUGGCGAGCAGAUCAGUAUUUCAUUCGACGAGGUGGUCCAGAACAAAUUCGGCUCAACAAGUUCAGAGCAACGAAGCUUUGCGUUCUCCUGUUUCAAAGGCUUCGAGCAGAUGCAUUUCAAAGAGUCCAUGGCAGCGUGGGCGGCAUCCAUUGGAUACCAGGCGACGUUUUGGCCCCAUGGCACGAACCCGCUCCGUAAUAAAGACUCUCCGAUGGUUAGCCUGACACCGGUGGCCUAAGUGCCUCAUGCAGGCGAUCGUAUGGACCGCAUCAUGUUCCGCGCAGAAAAGCGGGACGGACUCAUCUCAAGGCUUAGGACCAAGUGUGUCGGCGCCCGACGAUAUGAACCGGUGGUGCUGUGGUUACUAGUGUAUGAUUUGCUACCUUCAAGUCAUGGCCACGUUUGGGUCUGUCUGCUUAGAGCUACGAGGUGCCCAUAAAUGUUUGUGUCCGUCUUUCGGAAAACACAAAAACAUCGAACACCUGUUGGUUCUUGGUAUUGUGCGACCAGCUCUUGGUCAAAAAGAAGUGGGCACCAGGUGGAGGAAUGACCCUUGUGGUAGAGGAGAACGGUGACUGACUA